AUGUCAUCACCAUCAGAUUCCUCCCCAGAGACACCUGGAUUCACGGCAACAUUCAUUAUUUACCUUGAUACAUACACCAAGACUACUACUGAAAAUAAUGGUAAAGCAAAAACCAAGGAAGUGAAAUCUACAAAAGUCAAGGAACUGGUCUUUCAAGUCUCUGAGUCCAACUACAUCAAAUUUCUGACAACAAUUCUCAUGAAGCAUGACAAAUCACACUAUAGGAUCACUGAGAGGAAAAAAUACACUUUCAAGUACCUCCUUGGCAACUCUUUGGUUGUUUAUAGAUGUGCUGAAGCAAUGGAUGUCGACAACCAAGCUGAUUAUGCAGAAAUGGCAAAGAAACUCAUCUCUGAAGAGCCUCCAAAGACUGUGGGUGACACUGCAAGCCAAGAUGGCAGUGGAGCAUCAGACAAUGAUGAAAUUGCAGUUGUGGAUGGUGCUACAGAGCUAGACCAAGAAAUUGCUCAUUUUCAUAGGCUUAUCAUCAAGAAAUGGGGUAAUGAGUAUGAUAAUUCAGUCACAUACAUCCACCAAAGUGGCAUGGAAAUCCCAUGUACACCAGCAAUGAUCAAGGACUGGGCUCGUGCAAUGGUAUGUUUCUGA